AUGGAUGAUACAGACAGUGAAGAUGAUGAUGAAUUAAAUACUUUAGAAGUAACACGUAUAUUAUCAAAUUCACAAGAUAAUAAUAAUCAAUUACAUGAGGAUAAGAUUUUAGAUGAGAAUAAAAUUUUAGAUAAUGAAAUUUUAGAUAACGAUGAAGAUAUAAUACAACAAUUACAAUCAUUUAAAAAAUUUCCUGAAAUUCAAUAUAUUGUUCAGCAUCCACCUGUUCCUGUAUCUUUUUGUUCAUUUCAACAAUUUGUUACAAAUGAUACUUUAAAUUUUAAAACUCUUUUACAAAUUUGCCAAAAUCAUGAUGCAUUUUCAUAUGAUCUGAAAUCUAAUUUUAAUAAUUUGUAUCAAACUACAAUAGAUACUGAUAAUACCAAAAUUAGUGAAAAGGUUGUUAAUAAACUUAUCACUGAAAUUACUACAGAUAAUAUUGAUAAUAAUCAAAAAAAAAAA